CCUUAUCAUGCUAGCAGCUUUAAUUUUGACAGCAUUGGCGUUCUGUAUUCAAGUUUCAGCUGGACUACUGAAUAUUGACACUCCUGUUAAUUUCGCAUGUCAUAAUGGCGACUUUAUUAGCGGCUUAUUGAAGUGCAAUGGUGAGAGGAAUUGCCCAGAUGGUAGCGAUGAGCUAUUUAGUACUUGCUAUGAUAACAUCUGCAAUUACGAGACACAGUUUCGUUGCAACUACGGUGGCUGUGUGGAUGUUGCCAAGAAAUGCAAUCACGUUCCCGAUUGUUGGGAUAAAAGUGAUGAGAUUAAAUUGAUGUGUGCAAAUGAUACAGAAUUUGCGGAAUUGCUAACCAAGUGGCGGGGUAAUUGCACCGGCGAACUAUUUAAGUUCCACUGCAAAAAUACAGCUGACCAUUGCUUGAAGUUGAGUGCGGUGUGUGAUGGUAUAACAAACUGUCCCGAAGGCGAUGAUGAAUCUGUAGAGCUGUGCGGCGGCAGCAUCUGUCCAGAAAAAACGUUUCGCUGUGAGAGCGGCGCUUGUAUCAAUAUCAAUGAUUUCUGCAAUCACAAUAUCGACUGUAGUGAUGGCAGCGAUGAGUUACCUGAAAUAUGCAUAAAUACGCGAGUAGAAAUUGAUGACAAAGUGUGGAAGUCGAACUCUUGCCAGCUGCCGAUCAAGACGGGGAUGCAAAUAAUAGAUUAUUUCGAAGAAACCAGUUUUAUGCCCGGAGGUCAGGUGCCCGAUAAGACCGUUGUGGCUGCGACCUGUGGCAACGGUUACGAUGACUCUGGUGAGGCUAUCAACAAAUGCGAUGAUGGUGAGUGGCACAACCAGUGGGUCGGUUGUUUCCGUCAGUGUGAUCAGAGCUCACAUGUACGCCGUGUCAAGUUCUCGACUCAGUGUAUUUUGGAUGACGGUCUGGUUGAUUGCCAGGGAAAUACUCAUAUUGAGAACACAAAAUUGUAUGUAACCUGUGCGUCCGGCUAUAAAGACAGCUCAGGCGUCACCAAAGGACUGCACACCUGUAGUGAGAAUGGUACUUGGUCUAUUGAGAAACAAAAUCCCAUCUGCGAGCCCAUUUGCGGUAUCACCUCACCACAGCAUCCCGAUAAUAUUCCCUGGACUGUGACCAUCUACCAUACACCUAACUCUGCAGGGGACUAUAACUUCAAGUGCUUGGGCACUAUUGUCUCCCCUUAUAUGGUAAUUACGACAGAUAUGUCUGAAUAUGAAGCAUAUAGCUACAUCAUUGCGGAGGGCAAACACACUGUCAAUUUCAAUCAGGAUGAGGACCAUGGCUAUGUUUUACACAACGUUGUAUACAGACGUAUUAUCUCACAUGAAGUAAAUAAAGUGACAUAUAAGGCAGCAUUGUUUACCGUGGUAAAGCCUUUUAAAUUUGGUGCCCUAGUCCGACCCAUUUGCUUGAUUCCCAAUGAUGCCGAAGCUGAAGAUUCGAUGACUGUAAGACAACUGCUGGGUGAAGGUCUCACAAAAUAUGACGGCAACCAAUAUUUCCUAACAUAUAUUGUGGUCAGCGAAUCGAAGAAAUAUAAUAUUAAUGGUUUUAUCAAAACUAUAAAGGAACAUGAAAAAAGAAACCUGCACCUUUGAACAUUGAAUUCACUUUAUUAUGAUGUGAUUUAAGAGCUAAAAAUAAAUGAAAAAUGUACAUUAA